GAGCUUUCGGUAGUUGUGCUCCUUAGAGCAUCAGUCUCUCUACAUCCUUUUCUCUGCCUUUCUUACUCUCAUUUUUUUCCUUUAAUCUCGCUCAUAUAUUUCAAUGCUUGGAAUCUGAGAGAGAGAGAGAGAGAGAGAGAGAGAGAGAGAGAGAGAGAAUCUGUGAUCAUCAGUUGAGUUUACUUGAGUACUAGUAUACCACAUACGUGAGAGCAAACGAAGAGUAAAUUUUGAGAGAAAGAGGGAUGGGAAGGGCUCCUUGUUGUUCUAAAGUUGGGUUGCAUAGAGGUCCCUGGACUCCUAGAGAAGACACAUUGCUUGUCAAGUACAUUCAAGCUCAUGGUGACGGUCACUGGAGAUCACUUCCUAAGAAAGCCGGGCUUCUUAGGUGUGGAAAGAGUUGCAGGCUCAGAUGGAUGAACUAUUUAAGACCAGAUAUAAAGAGAGGGAAUAUAACUCCCGAUGAGGAUGAUCUUAUCAUCAGAUUACAUUCCCUCCUCGGCAAUCGGUGGUCACUCAUUGCCGGCAGGCUUCCUGGUCGAACCGAUAACGAGAUUAAAAAUUACUGGAACACCCAUCUGAGUAAAAGACUUCUAAGCCAAGGGACUGACCCUAACACCCACAAGAAACUAUCAGAGCCCGCAGUUCAACAAGUGAAGAAGAGAAAAAGCAGCAGAGGCAACAGCAACAAGAAGCAGAACAAUAGCAAGGGCAAAGGCGCAAAGGUUGAGCCAGAAAAGCCCAAAGUCCAUCUCCCUAAGCCCGUUAGAGUAACUUCUUUCUCUUUACCAAGAAACGACAGCUUUGACCAAUGUAAUACGUUUAGCACGGUGUCUUCAAGCCAAGGAGGAGAGGGAGGAUUGGGUACAGAGGUUGUACAAGGACCUUGGUCAGAUAAUGUCAACGAUGAUGAAAAUGGGACCGGAUUUCUUGCUGCUUAUGAUGAUCAUGGUUUUGUUAACGGUUCAGAUUUCGAGUGCCAGUCUCAUGUACCAGCAAGUGAUGACGAUAAUUCUCUCGAGAAGCUUUACGAAGAGUAUCUCCAGCUUCUGAAGACAAACGAUGAUCAAGUGCAGUUGGAUUCUUUCGCUGAAUCAUUAUUGAUCUGAGCAAAAGAACAAAAGAGAAAAGUCGGAUGGUCUUUUGUGUGUGCAUGUCAAAUGGUUUAUUGUCUUUUCUCCCAAUAAAGUUGGUUGAAGUUGACUCUUAGCUUUCACGUGCUUACCUUCUAGCCAAAGUACUACGAAAACUGGAACAUUUCGUUAAAUAUCCAAAUAUUAUUAGUUGUGUAAUAUGUGGGGUAGAAGUUUAUAAAUACUACUAUAUAGUUUUGUAAAA